CCCAGCGUGCUCGGUGGGCGUAAGAAGACCCCGAAGACCCCAGCGCUAUGGCAGGGAAAAUGAUUAGCACUGAGGCAGCGCAGCGCAUGAACCUUGUGGCCCAGGAUGAGAUCUGGAUUGUGGCCACUUGUGGCCUCUCAGACUAUCUCCUCCAACUAGGAAGGAGGCCCCACUCGCUGGAGGGCUGUGGCAUUGAACGAGUUCUGGUCCUGCCCUCGCCUCCGGUCCCACAGACAACCCAGGGCUUCAUCGGCUGGCGGUCCGCAGUGCCGGGCCUCAACAAGUGCCUGGAACACGACAGUGCCAUCCGGAGCUGCAAAGGCGCCUACGCCCGGGGCCUCGGCUGGCCCAAGCAGGGCAUCCACUGAGCCUCAGCCCAGCCAGCGAGCGGGACCCCUGGGUGCCUGCCAAGGGAGAUCGCCCAUCCCACGUCUUCGCCCAAGGAUGUAGCAAAGAACAGGAAGUUGGCCUUAAACCAU